AUGCCGUUGCAAUCGAAGGAGGACCCGUUGGUGGUGCUUUACCACCACUACCUAAACCUACUGCAAUCUCGAAUACGCCGAACGUCAAGAUCCGUCAAAGUCGCGGCCACCGCGGCGCUCGUCAUCUCGAUAAUAUCCACGAGCUAUGGCAGCUAUAAGUGGUGGCAGGACAGGUCGAAAGAGAAGGACCGCGGCCGUAGACUGGUCAGGAAGAACAGCGGUUUACGAGGAAAAGAUGGAGAGCGCAUCAUCUAUGUUCCCCGGGGCGAUACUACGUCCAAGGUCAUCAUUCAUCCUACCCGACCGACCACGUUCGAUGCGCACCGCCGACUGUUUCUCACUCCUCCGCGAGUCACUCGAAUGGGAAGUGGCGCAUCCACACCUGCGUAUGGGCCGCCUCCUCAGACAAAGCCGGGCCUCAAUCUGGCCUUCCUGCACCAGUUCUUGAGUCUACUCAAUAUCAUGAUACCCCGGUUUAGGAGCAAAGAGACAGCCCUACUCUUGAGUCAUGCCGUCUUCCUCAUCCUGAGGACAUACUUGUCUCUGAUUGUUGCCCGGUUGGAUGGCGCCAUCGUUCGGGAUCUUGUUGCUGGUCAAGGGAAAUCAUUCAUGUUGGGUAUCCUCCGAUGGCUGUCGGUCGGCACCUUGGCCUCCUACACCAACGCCAUGAUCAAAUUCCUUCAGUCCAAGAUUUCAAUUGCUUUCCGAACUCGACUGACUCGGUAUAUCCACGAUCUGUACCUCAACUCGAACCUCAACUAUUACAAACUCACCAAUCUCGAUGGCGGCGUCGGCCAAGGCGCAGACCAGUUCAUCACGCAAGAUCUCACACUCUUCUGUACAUCAGCAGCGUCUCUAUAUUCCUCUUUAGGGAAACCUCUUGUCGACAUCUUUGUCUUCAACUACCAGCUAUAUCGAUCGCUUGGCCCGCUUGCCCUGACAGGCCUGUUAUCCAAUUAUUUCGCCACAGCUACUCUCCUUCGCCGGCUCUCCCCGCCGUUCGGAAAGCUCAAAGCAGUCGAGGCGCGGAAAGAAGGCGAUUUCCGUGGGCUACAUGCACGAUUGAUCGCCAAUGCUGAAGAAGUCGCCUUCUACGGCGGGGCCGAGGUUGAAAAGGUAUACCUUAACAAAGCUUUCAAAGAGCUCCGGACUUGGAUGGAGGGAAUCUAUAACGUCAAGGUCCGGUAUAACAUGCUCGAAGACUUUGUCCUGAAAUAUUCCUGGUCGGCAUUUGGGUAUAUCAUCACCUCUAUACCUGUGUAUCUUCCAGCCUGGGCGGGAAUGACGGCCCUUCUGGAAUCAAGCGGUUCUGAAGGACCGGAAUUGUCUGAAACCUCUCGGGAAAGAUCGCACAUGAAAGAUUUCAUCACCAAUAAAAGACUCAUGCUGGCCUUGGCAGACGCCGGUGGUCGAAUGAUGUACAGUAUCAAGGAUCUCUCCGAAUUGGCAGGAUACACCUCACGAGUCUACCAGCUCAUCUCCACGCUCCAUCGUGUUCACGCCAAUGCUUACGCACCCUCCCACCGCCGCAGUCCCGGUAGGAUCGAACUUUACUCGUUGGCGGACGUCCAAGGCACGACCCACCUCGGAUUCGUCGGCGUCCGACUUGAAGAUGUUCCCAUCGUGGCUCCGGCGCUGUGGCCGUAUGGGGGAGAUGAGCUGAUCGAGUCACUCUCAUUUGUGGCCCACAGCGGCCAACACCUCCUCAUUUCCGGCCCCAAUGGUGCAGGCAAAUCUUCCAUCGCACGCAUCGUUGCCGGUCUGUGGCCGGUAUACCGCGGCUUAGUGUCCCGGCCACGCAACACCGGCCAGGACGGUAUCAUGUUUCUUCCCCAACGGCCCUAUCUGAGCGUAGGGACAUUGCGAGACCAGGUCAUCUACCCGCACACUGAACUGGAUAUGCGGGACAACGCGCGGCGCGACAACGAGUUGGAGCAGAUCUUAGGCGACGCUAAGCUCGGUCAUCUGCUUGCCCGGGAAGGCGGCUGGGACACACGGAAGGAAUGGAAAGACGUGCUCUCCGGUGGAGAAAAACAGCGCAUGGCGAUUGCAAGACUGCUCUACCAUGAGCCCAAGUACGCCUUUCUCGAUGAGGGGACUUCUGCCGUUUCCUCCGACGUCGAAGGCUUGCUGUAUGAGCGGUGCAAAGACCGGGGGAUUACGCUGAUCACAAUCUCGACGCGCGCCAGCCUUCGCAAGUACCACACGUUCAACCUGGUGCUCGGCCUCGGCGAGGAAGGUUAUGACUGGGAGAUGGUGCGGAUUGGGACGGAGCAGGAGAAAAUCGGCCUCGAGAAGGAGAUUAGCGAGCUCAAGGGCAAACUUGCCAAAGUGGCGGAAUGGCAGAGGCGGAAGGCGGAGAUCGAGGAAGAGCUCAGUCGUGUUCUGGUGAUUGACCAGGAAGGGCACGAAUUGGAAAAGCCUGCGUAUUUCGAUCAGCUGGCGGAGGGACAGGGGGAGAUUGCGGUCUGA